GUAAUAAAAGGAGCUAGAUGUGAAUAGUGCGAAGAGCGCAAUGAGUAGCAAUACACGGUGAAUGGGUAUGAGUGAAGAUACCUUUAAGCUUUAUACUACUUACUUUGAACAUCAGCAAGUUCAUCCGUGUUGAUCUAACGACUUAAUAGAAAAAUGCAGAGUUUUGGGCGUUGUUCAUCUGGUGCAAUCCUGCCGGCGCGCAGUGCGCUUGCGCGGCAUGUGAUUGCUGGCACAGGAGCAACACUGGAGGCCGUACAAAUGAGAGCAGUUUACUCUUCUAGUGGACAACACGAUGACCCGAGUAGAACCAGUGCAAGAACCUGUCCUUCUAGCUCUUCUUCAUCAACGUCCCUGCCUCAAGUUAUGCUGCAAAGCAAACCAUUGCCAGCUACUAAGAAAAGGCUCGUGUCCCUAGCACAAAGUUUGUUGCCGACCGUGGGCUCAUCUGCUUCCUCAUCUUCUUCCAGAAGACGUAGUCCUAGAACGGAGGUAAGAACGUUUUCGAUGCUACGGCAGCUACUGCGGCCCGAUUGUGGUCGUACCGCUGCGAUUAGCGCGACGUGUCCUACUCUCCCUAUCGUGCUUCCAGCCGCCUUUUCGCGUACUCCCAGUACGGCACGAAGAGAGCAGGGACCAAUCAGACUAACAAGAUCUUUCUCCAUAAUAUUGUGUGGUGGAAGUAGUCGUGGGAAUGCAGCUUCGCAGAGGCCUUCCUCCAUGUUACUGAGUGGAAGUAAUGGGACUGCGGCUUCGCAGAGGCAGAAGAUGACUCAUUAUCUACUUGGUGGAGUCUUGCAGCAUCGUGCGUUUGCUGGGAGAGCGGGUGGACGGAAGAGAAAGCGAAAAAGCGACGUCGUGAAAACAAAUCAUCAGAAAACCGAAUUCGGAAAACGCAUGGAAUUUUUCUGGCAAAGGAACGCCCGGCGCUUUCGAGUCCCGCUGAUAGUUAAGGAGAUGACAGAUCAAAACCUGAGUACAUGACGACGAAUGUUCUAAGAAAAUCCUUUCUUUGUGAAAGAUGUGUAUUCUAAGCAACAUAUUAUUGCCGAACCGAAGGUGGAGAUUGCCAUGUUGAUGAAGAAUCAGCGUGCUUGCUAUGCUGCGUGAAAGGUAAGUAGGCAAUCUAAGUACCCUAUAAUCUAUGUAUUUCUUUGUAUUCCAUGCUGGAAAUGAUCGCUUCUAACUCAGAAAAUUCUAGGCAGCAUCUGGUCUACGACUGCCGGUUUAAGACAUGGAUGACGAUGUGGUACAAAGACGGGAUCCAGGUGUUCAAACGUCAUGGUGGAAACGCCAGUCGCAGCGAAGGUUUUGAGCGUGCGCGCAUGCGAGCUCUCCUUCUGUACCAACAGUUAAAGCAAUAUGCGAAGCUUGGGCGCCCAAAGCCCGAUGUAACGUUCUCGGGAGUUCGAGGGGUAAGAAUAUUAUUAGUACUCGUUCUGGCUUGUUAGCGGUUUUUACUUAGGGGCAUUCUCCUUGCUUGGGCCCUUUAUUUGUGCCGGCUGCACGACAGGAGCAGCUAUGCCGCGCUUCUGCGCGCUUUGGUGUGCGGUGGGUUGUUGGAAAGCGCAGUCGGGUACUGUACUCGCCCCCGGUGCUCCGAUGAGCCGGAGACUGAGCGGGCCGCGUUUUUGCCUAGGCACUGGCGUUGCCGCGGGCGCUUUCAAUGUACUCUUUUUUGCACUGGCGCUCCCACCCCGCAAGACCUGCCGGCGCGGGAGCUCUCUGAGGCGGGUCCGCCCGGUCCGUUUCUGGCGAGCGUUAGCGCCUUCAGCCUGGCGACCGUUUCAGGCGGUUUCGUUGGCGUGGUGGCAGAGGUUUGGAGGGCAAGUCCAACACAGUGAAGAAGCCAGGCAGGGCGCUUACUAAAAACAGCCGGCCACGAUACGGCGAACCAAGUAAAGCCGGCGGGGGCCGCGCUCAGUCACCCCAGGCAGAGAGCAGCUCCGGGGCUUGCUUUUUCAGCAUGUUGCGGCCGCUUGUUGUUCUUGGCAGCCAGUACCCUGACCAGCGCCGCCCUUCGCACCAGAGGGGCGAGCAGGCUGCUGCCGCGGUGGCGGAUUCUUGAGUGUCGCGGGACCCCCUGAAGAUUGGCCUUGCCCGGCGCCGCCAGCCUGGAGCAGCUCCAGCAGGAUCGUGAUCGCCUUCAGCGCAAGCUUGCCGGGCUGGAGGCUUGCUCUUGGCUUGGUAAUUCUGAUAAGGAAGCGCAGGGACUGCGUCGCGUCCUCGGGUCUUUGGCUUCGAGGGAAUUCCAUUGGCUUCCCAGAGGAGAGCGGCACUUCCAAAAGCCUCGAAGGCGUGCGCAAUGUAACUGAUGGAAGCGCCCGCACCUUCAACCAGUGAGGAGCGGCAACGCCUAUAGCGUCGACCGGGCUGGGCUCUGUCGCAGUGAAGACGGCCAGGGCAGUGAACACCUGUAGCCGGCGGAAUUCGGGGCGGCCAUGUCUGCGCAUACCCGACCGCGCCACAAGGAAAGGCCUGGCAGUAUUUUCACCAGCACGCCCGCAAGUGCAGCGGCCGCGCUUAACAAGUCCAGGCAGACGAUAGCGGAGGCUGGCAAACUACACGGGGCGGACACACGUAAAGAAAAGCAAAACGACCAGGGGCGCCGACCUGCGCAGCAUCUUGCAGAGAAGGAACACCAGCGCCGCGGGCGCUAGCCUGCCGGGGUUGUCGCGCCCAUUCCUCACGCUGCCAAAUGAAAACGCUGCGGAAGUGCGUCGCGGUGUUUGUGUUUGUCUCUGUGUUGCAGCCGUGGAGAGAAAGCGCGCGGGGGCUGUUUUGGCUUGGUUUUUUCCCGCUUGCUUUGGUUGUUCUUUCAUCUUCUCUGGCUUUUAAACCUUUCGCAGGGGAGCCGCCACCGGGUGGGCGGUCGGCAGUGCACGCAGCGUGACACCUACUUUGCGCGCCUCUAGGCGUGUGUCACUCAUAAAGUGAGUCGGGGCUUGGCGGUAAAGUUAGAGCGCAGGACCAGCGGCCCGGCGAGGGCACAAAGCGGAGGGCGUGACACGCUGGGGGCGCCUGUCUCUUUCUUUCGGGCUUCGGGUUUUGGUCUGGCUCGUCCCCGGAGGGGGCAGGCACUUCGCGGGGGUGCGUCAAAGAGUGCACAACAGAGGUGGACGCGUGGCACACUCACGCAUCUCGCCGCCAGGGGGCGGGGGGCUUUCUUUCUCUGUUUUUUUUCAUUUCACGCCGCCGACACACCAGACACUCACCCAGGUUUGCAGCUCCGCCACAUCGAUCUGUCUCCCACUCCUUCUCCUUGUAUCAUUGGUUGUCAGCAUCAUUGCUCGCCAUCGGAUUGUCCGCAUACUACAUUUCAGGUAAUUUGGGACACUGAAGAGCGUGCGUGGGUUUGCCGGUGGGCGGAGGCAGGAAUGCAGAGGUGGCACGUUUUUCCAGUAAAUGCGGAGAAUAGCUUCGGAGACGCUUAUGCGAGAGCUGUAAAGAUGCGACUCGAGGUUCUACAGCGUAAUCAUCACUUUGUCAUGCAGCGUUCUCGAUGGAAGAAUCUCAAAGACUUUUUGGGUACGAGUAAGACCUAGGGUUUUACGGGACCGGAAGGCUACUAGGACAAGCGCACAAAAACGAGGACCUGGAGGUUAAUACAACUUCUAGAUACUUCUUACUAAGUCUGGACCUCCUGGAGUACUUAGAUUAUCAUGAUAGGGUAGGUGGACGAGGAGCACGUACUGGAAGGAAGGACGAAGAACACCAUCAAAGACCGCAUGAAUUUCCCUGUUCUCCGAGACACAGCGACUCAGUACGCCGGACCCGAUUUGUGAAGGGCCGCGCUCGGUCGGAGCCGCAGGACGUCUUACAGUACGUCUAACAUCAAAGCACUAGCGGUUAGCCGCUCUCUGAUGAAAAUGAACCACAACUACGAACGGCAGCGGAUGCAAAAAAUACAGAGGCUUUCCGUUUCCUGGUGCUUCAGCACAACAACGAUGAAGGAGCUGUCUAGGUCGGCUGCGAGCACCAGGUCAGAGGAGCUAGGGAAUGAACGUCCCUCCGAUUGCCCGAGCGACGCCGAAACUUGCAGGUAACGCAGUAAGUCGAGCUCUAUCGACGGCAGCACGACUGCGCCUGCGAGACUCCAAGAAUUUACUCAGCCGUAACGCAUGGAGACCAUUCUGAUUCUUCUGACUUUUCUUUGGUGCUUAUGAGCUUGUAGUGCUUUGUCAUGCUGAUAUAUGCGAACAACAACAACGAGACAGAACCCGCUGCACUUGUUCGGCAAGAAAACAACAUCAACAUUGCUAAAAAUACUGACGAUGACUAUCUAAAUCUAUUCGAGCCCUGAAUUUUAUUUUCAUCAG